AUGAAGUAAAACCAAAAAAGUUAAGAAACUUAAACAAAAAACUACAAAGCGAAAAUCUAAAAUUACCUAAAUCAACAAAAAAAAGACUCAAGAAUAAAAGAUAUGACCAACGAAAAGAUCCUUACUCAAAUAUUCUUGGAUGCUUUGAGUUUUAGUGAUGAUCAAUAAUAUAAUUCCACAAUUUUUGAUGCCAUCAAAGAAUCUGUUUGGAGUUAUCAAGUUAAAAUAUAAAUUCUUAAUAAGAUCAUAAAUAAAAAUGAUAAAAUAUUAUCCAUGGUGUCGUCUAUGUUGUUGAUAUUGGAUGGAUACUUUAAUUUCAACAGUAAGAAGAUCAACUUGAUCUAUGUAAAAGUUCCAUACGUUAUGAAAUAUCAAAGUUUUUUCUUACUUCAAUCCAACGAUAAUUUCAAUAUCCUAUUUGAAGUUGGAUUACAUAAAAAGUACAACGAUACCAAACAAUAAAUUUGCUUAUUUGAUAUUGUCCAAAAAAUAACUUUUAUUGACAUAUUCUUUUAUCAAAAAGGUUAAGAAAUUACAGAUGCAAUAUAAGAAUAUUAAAUAAAUAUUUCAAAAGAUUUCUAUAGAACUGAAUUAGACUAUGCAGAAUGCAUAAGUGUUCCAUUGACAGGAAUCAAUGCCAAGUAGUAGAGCUACUUAUUUUAAGUCUAAAACAAAAGUUGGGCUGAAUCAUCAUAUUUAUAAUAAAGUUAAAAUUUAAUUUAAUGGAUUCCUUUGAAAUUUAAUUAGCUUAAAGAGAAGAAGGAUGAUCUUUUAUUUAAAAAAGGGCAACUCAUAAAGAAAUCUUUUUAUGAAAAGUUAUCAAAUCAAUUUCAUUAUGAAGAUAUUGGAAAUUAAAAUAAAUAUAAGUUAAUCUAAUUUGUGGAUUUUGAAUCUGUUGGCCAAAUAUUAGAUUUACUUUAAAAAUCUUAAGCAUUUAAAAUUAAAUUAUCAGAUUAAGAGAAAUAAAUUGUGAUUACAAAGAAUAAUGCUUUAGUUAUUGGUAGAAGUGGAACAGGAAAAACUACAAGCACUGUUUUAAGAAUAUUUGCUACAGAAAUGUUGGUGAAAGUAAGAAGCAAAUUUCUUGGUUAAAAAAGAAUAUAAUUUUUAUAAGAUUAUUAAAGAAAGGAAGUGGAAAUUCAUUCAUUGUUUUCAACAGCAAAUAGGUUUCUAGUUUAGGAAGUAGAAAAAUAUUACCAUAAAUUAGAAAGAUAAGCUUAAGAGGCUAUAAAUAAACAUAGAGAUUAAAACACAUUUAAUUUAGAUGAAUCAUUUGUCUCAAUUAAUGAAAGUGUCAUCUCAAACUAUGAGACUGAUCUCUUAGAUUUUGUUUUACAAGAGGAAUAAAUUUAAAAUCCCUAGAUAAGAUAAAAUGUCUAAUCACAUUAAAAUGAAAAAUAAUCAUAAACAAUCAAGUUCCCUAGUUUUUUAUCAUCAGAAUAGCUUUUAAUUCUUUUAGAUAAGAAAUCUAAUAAUCCAUUUUUCUCUAUUGAAAAAAUCAAUAAAUUCAGAUAAAAGCAUAGUAAGAAAAUUGGAUUCUAAGACUUUAAUGGAAUAAAUCUAGAUGAGUGGUUCCCUUAAGCUAAUAAUAUUUAAUCUUAGUAUUAAUAUUCAUCUUCAAGUGAUAUUCAAUUGAAAUAAGAUAUAAUUGUGCCCGAAGUUGAUUUUAUGUUGUUUUAUUUAUAUUUUUGGCCUUAAGUCUGUGGAAGAGGAAGAAAUAAUUUUGAUAACACUGCACUCCCAUCACUAAUAUGGACAUAGAUAUACUCAUAUAUUAAAGGCUCUUAAUAUUCAUAUGCAUAUCCUAAUAGGUGCCUUCCUUUUUAAUUGUAUAAAGAAAGAGUUGGAAACUAUUUGAGUGAAGCUUAGAUGGUAGAAAUUUAUGAUUGCUUUUUAAAAUAUGAGAUUUGGAAAGAAAAGGAAUAAUAUAUCGAUCAAUUAGACUUAAUAAAUUCAUUAUUAGUUAAUAUUGAAUAAAAUUAACUAAUUAGAUUUCCUAUUCACCAUUCUUACAUAGAUGAAGUAUAAGAUUUACCAUAAGCUAUGAUUGAACUAUUUUGUAAAAUAACAGAAUAAGGGAUAAUAUUUUGUGGUGAUUCAGCUUAAAGUAUUCUAAAGGGAGUGGGAUUUAGAUUUUCCGAUUUAUAAACUAUUUUUAAAACUUCAAAGAAGAUAGGGGCUAACCAAUUAGAAAAGUUUUAAGUUUUCUAAUUAACAAAAAAUUUCAGAUCUCAUAAUAAUAUACUUUAAUUGGCGAAUUGUAUAAUUAUAAUACUUGAACUUUUAUUUCCUAAUAGCUUGGAUCACUUAUAAAAGGAAAUCUCAAAUCUCAAAGGUCCAAAGCCUCUAAUUAUUUCAUAAGUUGAUCCCUCUUUAAUUUUAUAUCAUUUGAAUUAACAAUGCGAUGCUGAAGAACAAUGUGAAAUUGAGUUUGGUUAUAAUUAAGUUAUAAUAGUAAAAAAUGAAGAAGCCAAACAAACUCUACCAUAAUAAUUUAAAACAGCUAGAGUAUUAACCACUUACUAAACGAAAGGAUUAGAAUUUGAUGAUGUUAUUCUAUAUAACUGUUUUAGUUCUGAUCCUAUUCCAGAAUAGCAAUGGGCCUUUUUAUCUUGCAUAGAUGUAGAAGAAUCAUAUGUAGACAAGUAAGUGUUUGAACAAUCAAUCACAAAAUUCGAUGAGCAAAAUAAUAAAUACGAUGUAGAAUUAACAGAAGAUGGACAGUAGGUUGUGUAAAAAAAACUAAAGCUAAAUUAAAGAUACGAUAAAAAGAAAAUGAAUGAUUAUUCAUCCCUCUGUAAUGAAUUGAAGAUGCUAUACGUUUGUGUUACAAGAGCUAAAAAGAGAGUUAUUAUUUAUGACGAUAAUCCAUAAUAGAGAUAUCCUUUAGAAAGAAUUCUAAAGCAAUACAAUGUUUGUGAUUUUACAGGCAAAUAAAAUUAAAUUAUAUAAAUACCAUAAAAAGCCAGGUAGGUUAUUAAUGUACCUCAAGAUAACUAAUAAGAAAUUUAAUAAGAAUAAAGACAAAGAUAACCAAAAAUAUGGGAUGAUGAAGAAAUAUAAAUUUGGGAAUAAUAAGGGCAGUUGAUGUUUUAAAAAAAACUUUAUGACGAAGCUAAGAAAUGUUUUAAGAGAUGUAAAAAUGAAAGAAUGACUGUAUUAUCGAAAGCGUUCCUAAAUGCAACUAAAGGGGCUUAAAAAUUAGCCAAUUAUAAAUCAUAAAAAAUCUAAUUUAAAUUAAAUGGAACCUUAGAACUUAAAAAAAAAAUGGAUGAAUUAGAAUAAGAAUUACAAAAAGAUUUUCGAAAAGCAGCCAAAUAAUUUUUACAAAUAGAAGAUGUUUAAUAAGCAGCUAAUUGUUAUUACUCAGGUAUGAUGUAUGAAGAUAGUGUUAUUUAGUUUUUAAAUUCACAAUUAUUACCAUAAGCUGCAAAAAGUGCAGUCAAAUUAAAAUAAUUUUAGCUUGCAAUUUUAAUUUAUUAUCAUCUCGGCUAUUAUUUAGAUGCACUAAAAUUACUUUCAGAAAUUAACUAAAUAAAGGGUUUCCAAUAUGGAUUUUUCAAAUAUGAUUUCCUUAAGGAAUGCUUAAACGAAAAUAUUUUAUAAAAAGCUGAAGUUAAAUACCUUCUCUUAAAUUAAUUUUAGGAUUUAAAUAACAAUGUUUUCUAUUUAUUAGUUUAGAAAUAUAAAAACAAAGAUAAUACUUAGUUUGAUGUGGAUAAAUUUACAGAAACAUAGAUAUCAUAAAACAUUUUGGAUAAGGUUCCUAUAAAAGACAUUUUUGAGAAUGAAAUAAAUAAGAUACUUAAUUCAUAAAUUUACAUAGAUGAUGAUUUAGAAGAAAUGAUUUAUGAAUAAUUUAAAAUGUUUUGGGAAAUUUAUUAUGAGAUAAUUGAUUCAUAAAUGAUAAUAAAUCCACACUCAAAAUAAUAAAUUUCAGCAAUCUUUUAAUCAAAUUAAUAAAUAUAUUAAGAUAGAUAAUUGAAAUCAUUUUUGAUUGAAGUCUUCGAAUAAUUGAAUUAACAUAAUGUAUUAAUUACUUUAUAUCCAGAAAAUAGAUUACUUUAUAAAUUUUUUCAUCAACAACAACAAAUUUAGGAAUUUAAAAUUGAUGAUAAAGAAGAGUACAAUAUCUGCUAAUCAUUAUUAUGCAAUUAGUUGUCAAUUAUAUAGCUGUUAUUUUUAGAUGAUAUUGAAACUUUAAGGAAAACUAUGAAACACUAAAAUCAAUAAUAAAAACAAUUAUAUCAAGAACUUAAUGAUUUAAUAUAUUAAAGAGGAAGAAUUAUUCCUGAUUAGGAGUUACUAUAUUAUAAACUAUUAUUCGGAAAUGUACUAUAAAAAUAAUAAAAAUGA